AUCUCAGAGAGCAUCAAAUCGGAGCGCAGGGGCGUGCAGCGUCUGUUUGGCGUGGCGCGCGAUUUCCAUUGUGGUCAUGUCACUGUAUGCCGUCAAUAACUGUUUACGUCACCACCAGUCAAUAUUGGCCCCAUAUGUUAAAAGAAAGUUGACAGUAGACUAAUCAUAAACCCAACUUCUAGCUGUUUUAUGAACGUGGCCACACUUCCUACCAGUAAUUCAGCUAAAAAGUAAGAGCGGUCAAGCCUAGACGCCAAAUAGACCUACAGUAGUUAGACCGUAGUAUUGAUUCCAACAAGGCCUAUAGGCUAUCAGCUCUUAUCGGAUUUAAAUUGUAAAACAUGAUGCCUUUUCAUGUUUGUUAUCCAUGCCCAAUCAGACCAGACGUCCGGAAUAGAAGCUCUCUGACUUUGCUAUUUUAAGGGUUAAUUAAUAAGACAUUCCUACUGUUCUUAUUACAAGUGAAAUGUUGGACUGGAGAGCCUACUGUAGUCUAUUUGGCAUUAUGAAAUGCAGGCCUUCAAUGGGAGUGUGUCGCCUAUAAAUAAGCCUGCUGUUUCCUGUCGCUACCGCUAGAUGACAGUAUAAUGCUGUUUUCUGACGGAUUACAGUGUAACAUCUCAGUUUCCCAGUCACAAACAUUUUUCCCAACAUCAGAAGAACGACAGAUGCAAACCAUGAGAUGGCCUUCAGGGAUAAAGUGGCCGACACGAGGGUAAGAGGACUGUUUACUCUGAUUUGACACAGAAAAAUCUGAUUAUGUGCCAUCCGGGCAGCCGUGGGUCAGAUAUGGACGCUGUUAUAAUAAAAUACGAAAUCAUCAGUUGUCGUUGUUGGCGACUAUAAAGCAAAAGAUAUCAGCCUAUCAUUCCUAUUCAGCGACUGAUAUUUAAUUUAUCGUGAAUGGCAAAUGCAACAGAUGAUGAUCACUCAGUCUGUGCAAAUGAAGGUAUUCUGUCCUUUGCUGCUCCCCCGCAGUGCGCAUCCCCUGCAGAGCCUGUUGGAGUUCUGCCAUGGGAGCUUUUACACCUGCUAAAUGAUCCACGGUUCAGUUGACAGUGCUGUCACGGCUUUGCUACUUUGUCUGGGCGGCUGAUUUGAGUAUAGCCUAGGUCUAUGAUAUGUGAUAUAUUACUCUCUCUUUCUCUCGAUCUCUCUCCCUCAGACCGUGCUUGUGCACCUGCUGCUGUGCCUCGUCAUAUUCUACUCUCUCUACUACAUGAUUGGGAGUGUGUGUUUCGGCGCGUUCAGGUGCGACACUUUUCUUUUCCUCUCUCUGCGUGCACGUGUGGUUAUUGGGUAAGUGACCUUGCUGGAACGGUGAGCCAUCCUCACGCGGCUUCUAUAAACCUGGUGCCAGGUGACAGAAGAGAGGGGGAGAGAUUUGUGGAAUCCACAGCAUCUAUUGGUCUGUUUUCAUUGAUUGGAAUGACAGUCAGUUUCAACCACCCUGGUUCCAUCCUAGCUCCUCCUUUUUAAUAUCCUAUUGUUUGUUUGUUUUAUCUGCUGUUUAUCUGUUUGCAUUCAGGUUGGAUCACUUCGAUGGACUUAUUCCCUUUGACUUUAAGACUGAACCAACCAAUUUGGAGUCCAACUCCAAAUACCUGGGUGAGCGAAGAUGUGUAUGGUAGUGUUUGUGUGUCAGCAGGUAGCCUAGCAGUUAAGAGCAUUGUGCCAGUAACCGAAAGGUCACUGGUUCGAAUCCCUGAGCUGACUAGGUGAAAAAUUGGUCGAUUUGAGCAAGGCACUUAACCCUAAUUGCUCAUGUAAGUCGCUCUGGAUAAAAGCGUCUGCUAAAUGCCUAAAAGUUUUUUUUUAAUGGUGUCUGCGCGUGCGCAUGUCCUCUACAAAUGGUUAAUGACUUAUACUGUUGUUCCAGUGAACCUGCUGUCCAUGGAGUUGACCUAUUUCUGCAGUGGUCUGCUGUUUGCUGCUGUGGUGAGGAGAUGGGUCUGGGACUAUGCUCUCACCGUCACACUACUGCACGUACUGCUCACCAGCCUGGGUGAGGCACACACACAUGCCUGAACUCACUCACACACACACACACACACAGAGAAAUGCAUACACAUGCCUGAACUCACUCACACACACACACACACUGGCUUAACUCAGAAUAAUCUCUCGCUGGCAGAGCUGAGUGCUCAGGGCCAGCUUUGAUGACAUCAUCACAGGACGGGAAGUGGGGUUAGAGUUGAGAAGCAGUUGGGCCCAAAACAAGGCACAUAUAUUGACCCUAUCCCUUGGUCUUCUUUAAUUCCCCUUCGUCAUGUGUAAGGAUUGGAUUGGAUAGGUCUAGCUCUAAAGCAAUACGAUGUACACUUCACUUACCUUAGUUCUGUGUGGUAUAUUACCUGUUUGUAAUGUGUGUUUGUAAUGUGUGUUUGUAAUGUGUGUUUGUACUGUGUGUUUGUAAUGUGUGUGUUUCAGUGAUGCUGGAGUUUCCCUUGGUAUGGCAGUGGUGGCUGGCCCUUGGUAAGAUCUACCUCACCCUCACUUCACCUCACCCACAGAAACCUUCUGAGGAGUUAUAGACUAGUAAUUGAUUAUGUCUCUUCUUUAUUAAUGGUUUUGUGUGUGUGUGUGUGUGUGGUUGUGUGUUUUGUUUGAAGGCAGCGGGUUGUUUCUGAUGAUCUGCAACGGUCAGCUGAUAGCUUACUUCACCUGCCAGAGUGACCAGAGUUACCCAACCUUCAAUAGCUACUG